AUGUCGAAUGCUGCUGCCGCGGCCGCGGCUGCGCUGGACCCCAGCAACAGCACAAAAAACACCUUUAAACUUGAAAACACCGAGAAACGCGAUACGCUGAUUGCUAUCGAGAAAAAGUAUCAGGCGCAAUGGAAGGAAAAAAGAGUAUUCGAGGUCAAUGCCCCCUCGCUAUCCGAAAUCCCUCCCGGCUCGAUGUCCCCCAACGAGCUUCGGACGAAACAUCCAAAAUUCUUUGGCACAAUGGCGUUUCCAUACAUGAAUGGCUCUCCACAUGCCGGGCACAGUUUCACUGCCAGUAAAGUCGAGUUCAUGGCCGGCUUCGCUAGAAUGGAAGGCAAACGCGCUCUAUUUCCUCUCGGUUUCCACUGCACGGGCAUGCCUAUCAAGGCUUGUGCAGAUAAACUGGUGGACGACAUCAAGAAAUUUGGUAAAUAUUUUGAAAAUUAUAAUGAGGAGAAUGAGGAGGUGGAUGCCACCCCGGCUCCUACCACGGAGCAAAUAAAAGAAGAUCCCUCAAAGUUCUCCGGAAAAAAGAGCAAAGCUGCAAGCAAAACUGUGAAAUUAAAGUACCAAUUCCAGAUUAUGCUGGCUCAGGGUAUACCUCUCGAAGAGAUCCAUAAAUUCGCUGACCCUGACUAUUGGUUACAAUAUUUCCCACCACUAUGGAUUCAGGAUUUGGACAGCUUAGGAGCGAGAAUUGAUUGGCGAAGAGGAUUCGUUACCACUGACGUUAACCCUUAUUUUGAUGCCUUUGUUCGCUGGCAGAUGAAUCGUCUGCAUCAAAUGGGCAAGAUUAUGUACGGUAGUAGAUACACAGUCUACUCCCCCAAAGAUGGACAACCAUGUAUGGACCACGACAGAACAGAAGGUGAAGGGGUUGGACCACAGGAGUAUACUGCAUUGAAACUAAGAGUUAAGGAAUGGUCGCCAAAAGCGAAGGAACUUCUGCAGGGAAAGAUUGAAGAGGAUGCGAAUGUGUACUUUGUGCCUGCUACGAUGCGCCCGGAAACAAUGUAUGGCCAGACCUGCUGUUUCGUCGGACCAUCGCUUAACUAUGGAAUUUUUAAGGUAAAAGAUAAGGAGUACUAUGUUGUGACGAAACGUGGAGCUUGGAACAUGGCAUUUCAGGGCACCUUUUUUGACAAGGACCACUUCCCACGAGACCAGAGAGAACUUCCUCUUGUUUGCGAAGCUUCUGGGUCUACUUUCGUCGGUACUUUGGUAAAUGCCCCGUUGUCGGUUCAUAAAGAAGGGGUAAGGAUCCUACCGAUGGAGACCGUUUCCGCCAGUAAGGGAACUGGCGUGGUAACUUCGGUCCCUUCAGACAGCCCUGAUGACUUUGCGACGGUUUCGGAUCUUGCCAAAAAGGCGGACUAUUAUGGCAUUCAAAAAGAAUGGGCGGAAUUGGAGAUCAUUCCUAUAUUAGAGACGCCUAAAUACGGAAACCUUACUGCUCCAGCAUUGGUGAAGGAAAUGAAGAUCAAUUCGCCGAAGGAUGUCAACCAGCUUGCGAAGGCGAAAGAAGCGGCGUAUAAUGAGGGCUUUUACAAGGGAACAAUGCUUGUGGGAGACUUCAAAGGCGAACCAGUUCAAUCGGCGAAAGAAAAGGUCCGGGAGCAGCUUAUCCAAAACGGCGAUGCGUUCCCCUACGCUGAUCCAAUGGGCAAAGUUGUUAGUCGAAGCGGCGAUGACUGUGUUGUUGCCUACCUUGGGCAGUGGUUUUUGAACUAUGGUCCAAACGAUCCGCAAUGGCUUCGGGAUACCCAAAAUUAUGUGGUUAACAGCCUCAAUACCUACCUCCCUGAGACUCGUCACGGAUUUGAGAAGAAUCUCGAAUGGCUUAACCGCUGGGCUUGUGCCAGGACUUACGGGCUGGGCUCUAAACUGCCUUGGGACCCCCAAUUCCUUGUGGAAAGUUUAAGUGACAGCACCAUUUACCAGGCAUAUUAUGCUAUCUCACAUCUCCUCCAGAAUGAUAGAUAUGGCACCGCACCAGGUUCCCUUGGCAUCAAACCGGAACAAUUGACAGAUGAUGCUUGGGAUUACAUUUUCAGCCGACGGGAAUUGGACGACGAUCUCGUCCAAAGCACCGGGAUAAGUAAAGAAGCCUUCCUGACAAUGCGAAGAGAAUUUGAGUAUUGGUAUCCUUUGGAUGUCCGGGUUUCAGGCAAAGAUCUCAUUCAGAACCACCUUACGUUUUGGCUUUAUGUCCACAUCGCGUUGUUCCCUGAGGAGUACUGGCCACGGUCCGUUAGAGCCAACGGCCAUUUACUUCUUAACGGCGACAAGAUGAGCAAGAGCAGUGGUAAUUUCUUGACGUUAAGAGAUGCAGUGGAAAAAUGCCAAUUUCGAAGAAACUGUCGCGAACAGCCAAUAUUCUUCGCCUGCAUACUCUCAAAGAGUGGAUUGAGGGAAGUUGUUAAAGAUACGAGUCUGCGUACAGGGGCCAGCGGAAGAAUUUCGUCGAUAAAUUAUUUGACACGAGAUGAACGUGCUGGUUUCCGAGCACUCAAGUCGGCGCUCUAUGAAUUCACUAGUGCCAGGGAUUUCUAUCGCGAGCAAGCAACAGCAGCUGGCGUUGGAAUGCAUCGUGAUGUUAUUCUUCGGUAUAUUGAGCUGCAGGCACUGCUCAUAACCCCUCUUGCUCCUCACUGGGCAGAGUAUGUCUGGCUCGAAGUACUCAAGAAGCCUGAAACUAUCCAAUAUGCACUGUUCCCCAAGGCCCCGGAGCCAGAACCCGCUCUUUCGGCCGCCCUGGUUUACAUACGCUCAACCUCCUCCAGUAUCACUUCGUCCGAGGCUGCAUUCUCCAAAAAGAUAUCGAAGGGCAAGGCGGUUACUUUUGACCCUCGAAAGCCUAAGAAGCUUACCAUUUUUGUUGCCAAAAAAUUCCCGACAUGGCAAGAAAAAUAUAUUGACCUUGUCCGCGAAGCUUUUGAUUCCCUCAGCAUAUCAAUCAACGACAAAGAACUCAAUACUAAAGUCGGCAAAUUAGGUGAAAUGAAGAAAGCUAUGCCGUUCGUUCAAGGGCUUAAGAGGCGCUUGAUCCAGGGUAAAGAGAGUCCUGAAAAAGUCUUUAACCGCCAGCUUGCGUUCGAUGAAGCCGAAGUCUUGCGAAAUAUGUUAGGGAUUGUGAGAAAGACUACCGGGUGCCAGGUUGUCGAAGUCAUCUUGGUGGAAGAGGGCGGAAAGGCAGGUACUACGCUUGAGGGAGAGCAGCGAGAUGGCCUCCCUCCUGUGGCUGAGAGUGCACUUCCUGGUCAGCCAAGCUUCCACUUUGAAAAUAUCCCUGAGCCGGCGGCAGCUGCAUAG